AUGAUAAAUGAUCUAACAGUCAAAGAUUCAGAUGUUAACAACAUACUAGUUAAAUUUGCAGAUGACAUGACCGUUAGUGCUCCACUGAAAAAUAGUUAUGACUCCGCACCAGUUCAGGUAGACAAUAUUGAAAAAUGGACGGAAACAAACAGAAUGUCAUUAAAUCUAGAUAAAACAUGGGAAAUGGUUGUAAGUGGCAAAUCAACAAAUCCUCUACCAGAACCAAUAGCGGGUAUCGAACGCAAGACAUGGCUGAAACUAUUGGGAACUACACUGCAGAAUGAUCCGUCUUGUUGGGACCUUCAAGUUGAUAAUUUGUUAACCAGAGCUAGUAGUCGAAAGCACAUUUUGAGAAUAUGUAGAUCGUAUGUCUACUCUAAAAAACAAUUAACAUUUCUCUUCAACGCACUUAUUAUGUCUUUAUUUGCUUAUGGAAUCGAAGUAUGGGGUUCUGCACUUGAAAAGAAGUACCUCGAACAGAUUGAUAAAUUUCUUAGGCGAGCACAAUCUCGUCCCCAGAGCCAUCGUUGAGUGGCUCUGGCCACACGGGAAUGAAAAACGAUCCUGAUUAGUCCAUCCAUAAGUUAUUGGACACAUACCCCCUGUGGCGUCCACGAGCGCGGCCAAUAUGAGUGAAUACGAUAUAUUUUGCUUUAUAUGGCCUGAAAAUUUGCUUAUUUUGACGAAUUAUUUCUUGCUUUUCCUCCUAAAAAGUGGUGAAGGGAUGAAGGAGUUGAUUUAUGCAUACUUGAAUUCAUUUGGGCAAAAUAACAGGCUUCGUUGUGGUAAUAAUUCAUACCCUUGGUUCACUCUGAGUGAGUUUUGAUGGGAAUGAUGGCAUAUGUCCUUGAUCUACUAUAUUGGAGAGUUAUUAUUGUAAACAAAUUCAAGCGUACAAGACUUACAAGCGUACACGUAUGCUACGACUGUGUUUGUACAAGAUUUGGGAUUUUUUAAUUGAACUGUAGAUGUAUGAAUCAUCUUGGUAUGAAUGCAACAAUUAAACAGCAUUUGGAUUCUUUUGCAACUUGUCAACUCGUUUGAAUGUUCGAUAGAAUUGUUUGAUGAUAUAAUAUAUUGUUUCUGUUUACAGUAUUGCCUGUACAACUCUCUCAGAAACAUUGGUGUUAGUAGCCAAAAAAGGUUUCAUUAAAGGCCAUGUAAAGUAUGUAAUGUAAACAAACCGUCAAACCCUUUGUUUACAUUCUGAACCCAGUGCUGGCCAGCAGAUCGCAUGCGCAGAACAGAUUUUACAUGGUCCUUAACAAUAGCAGUAUGCACUACGUACAGUAUGUAAUAAUAUGAAACCGUCUACACAAUUUAUACAAUGGUUCCACUAAAAUUGGUAAAUAAAUGAUUGUCAACUAUUCCACAGUCUUGGUGUGCUCAGUGGUUAUAUAGUAAUACUACCUGAAAAAAAAACAAGCAGAAACUCAACAUUGGCUACUAAGUUACUAACUCUUGACGAACAGCCUUCGCUAGAAAUGUCAAAUUUCUGCUUGUUUUUUUCAGGUAGUACUAUAUGCAAAUAUCAGAUGUUCAUUCUUGUAAUGGCCAACUGAGUGUGCACAUGCAAGUAACAAUUGUAUUUGAAGUCAAAUGCUCAACAAAAACAACUUUACUUUUUCAGAAUAAGACUGCUAAAACCAAAUUUUAGGUUUAUUAGUAAACUAUCAUAUUAACUUCAUACAUCUUUAACAAUUUCAGGACCGCCGAAAGUAGGGAUGCAGGCAAAAGCCCAGCUCAAAAGGGGCCUCCAAAGCACAAAAAGUUGUGUCAGUGCCAGAUAAUAUGCAGUAAAGUGUAGUAUAUUGUAAAACACCUCUUCUCCCAUUUAAUAAUUAUGAUGUCAUAGGGACCCCUGGAAAAACUUAAUGAUGUCAUAUGAUUUCCCUGGAAAAGUUUUACUCUGGGCCCUGCACAACCUCUCAGUGGUGCCAUAAAAUGAAUUGCAAGUUCUAAAAAACCUUUAUUGAUUUCAAUAAUGUGUCAUUCUGCACAUCAAGUCAUCAACCUAACAAGCAAUACAAGCAUGAAAGUAUAAAUGAUAUUAAACUUAUUCAAGCAGGACAUUGUUAUUAGUCAGACCAGGUGUGAUUCUUGAUUCUUUAACCUAACUACUUUUUAUCACAUAACUAAUGAGCGAUGCCAUUUUUUCCAACAAUACUAUUCCUUUCUUGAGUAUUUCAUUAUUUUAAACUCUUCAUUAUAAUGCCACAUGCCAAGCUUUUUGCUGUUCCAGAAUACAGAACUGUAUAAUUUUGACUUGAAACUGAUUUCCAUUGUUUCCGGAUGUACUGGCAUUAAUUGGCAUAAUAAAAAGAUUAUCAUAUGUACAGCCCCAGGUGUAUCUGAAAGAAAUGUAAUACUAAAGUUAUAAAAUAGUCAACCAUUUAAGAGUGACUGCCUGUAACCAUCACGCAAAAUUUGAAAUCCGCGGCAAACCUUGAAAAAUCGAUUUCCCUUAUACUUUCAAGUUAGCGAGGGUAAUGUAUCCCAAGAAUUGCCUUAUAGUUGGUUUGAUCAAAUAACGCUUUAUAACGGAGAAAAUUUAAAUUAUCAAACACUACCAAAAAACGCCGAUUACGACAGUUAAUUAUUACUCAACUUUCGCGGCAGAUGGUCGAAAAAUAAGAAACGCUAGAGGUACAAACACCCCAAAUAAUUUGAAAAUAUUCCAUUGUGCACAACAUGUGUGACUUUAAGAUCAAUUGUUCAGUUAUAACGCAACAAUAUAAUUUUAUUCGCUAAACAUAUAUUUCGAGUCGCUCAAAGUAUGUCGCACAAAAAUAUGAAUUUUAAAACUGCUUAACCUGUCAGUCGCUUGAAACGUCCAUGCUCGAUUACUUAUAUGUUUAUCUUUCUAAUGGUAUAAAAAAAUCUUUGGGCAAACGAUUUUCAUUCACGUGGUAGCUCCUCAAACUUUGGUCAAAUUUACUCAUUUCUGCAUUCAACAAAAUACAAGACGCUGGUGUUUAUGUGUGGAUUAUGAACUCAUAAACGAACCUAAAACACAUUAAAAACCUUAAAUGAUGCAUUUUGUUAAGGAUUCUUACCUGUUAAACUGCUAACCCCAGAUUUUCAUGAAUGUUUUUCAAUAUACAUCGAUGUGGUUUAUUUGUUUACCGAUUCGACCAUGCCUGUCAAGCUGCCGUGUCUGCAUGCACAGGAGGCCAAAUUUUGUAAAUAUAUUUGACAUCCGUUAUUCCGUACGAUGUUUAAUUAUUUAUUCGGUUUAUUUACGUGAUAUCUUGUUCGUUGUAUGGCAUAUCACACAUUUUAAUACAAUUGUUGUAAAUUUCAGGUCACUUUAAUAUUUCAAAGCGCGCUUCCCAUGUUUUGUUUUGAUUGUAAAUACUACAUAUUACUUACUACAUUUCUAAAUUUAGAAUACUGGGCGGGGUAUUGAUUAAAAGUUGCGAAAUUUAUAAUAAUCUGCCAUAUUUUCAUCUUUUUAAUGCCCAACUUUACAGCAUAAUCAAAUAAAGUUCAGUACUUUAGUGCGAUAUGGAGGUUUGUUGUUCGUUUAAGACGAUAAUUGGGGGAAUAUGUGGUUCAGAUAGCCGAGAUAAAAAAGAAGAAGUGACAGUCAUUCCACUAGUUUCCUGUUCAAGAGAUAUAGCAAAACAUUUGGGAUCAUUGGCAUUUUUUGGACCGGAAAGUGAGGUAGAUUUGAUCUUGUCUCGAGCUGCGAUAUUUAAGAUACCACAGGAUAUAAACGACAUGACAAUAUGCCCAUUCCAUCGCGGGAAACUUGGUUUAGGAUGGACAAGAGGAGCUAGUAUAAGAUGCAGAGUUCCACCUGUUUUGUCACAGCACGGUAACAAAACUAAGAAAAGUUGGCCCAAGGGUGAAAGAGGGUUGGGAAAAUAUGACUCCCUACAUGUGUUACGAAAGACUGGCAUGUUUAUUCAGUGUGGCUCAGGUAAGAAUGUUUUGUCAGAUUUUGAUGCAUAA